ACGUUUUUAGCUUGAUGAUGUUAAAAGAUUGGCUUUGCGUAAUUGCAGACAAACGCGUCCUCUAUUAACUACUGGUUGUUGAAUCAUGUAUAGUAUCAUAUUAGUGUUUUGAAUAUUGUGUGCCAACCAUACAAGCCCGUACACCUAUUUGUAGCCUGUAUACAGUGAACUGAAAAGUAUACUCUCACAAAGGCAAUUAUGGAAAAUGGUUUACCAACUCCACAUUCAGAUUUACCCAUUUCGGAAGCAACAGUACGUAAAGCCCAAAAUGACCAUACCUUGGACGAGGCACUCCAGUUGACGGGCUUUGGAAAGGUGCAGCUCAUCCUGUCGGUACUUUCUGGUGUCAGCAUGAUGACGGUAGUGAAUGAGGCAGUCGGUAUCAGCAUCAUUCUACCCGUAGCACAGUGCGAUUUAAGCUUAAGUCCUUGGGAGAAGGGUAUCCUUGGCGGUUCCAUGCUGUUGGGAAUAAUGGUUUCGUCCUACUUCUGGGGCUAUCUGGCUGAUACGAGAGGACGCCAACGGAUCUUGAAGUACGCACUGUUCGGGACUUCGUUCUUCGGUGCAACGUCCUGUCUGGCGACUGGGUUCGUGUCGCUAUUUUUCCUUCGUUUACUUACCGGUGUCUGUGUUGCUGCACCUGCCUCUACGGUGUACGCUUAUCUGGGCGAGUUCACAACCCCGAGCAGACGGAGUCAGAUGCUGUCGUUCGCUUCCGUUUGGGGAGGUGUCGGAAUCGUUUACGUAUCAUUGGUCGGUUGGUGGAUACUCUCGUACGACUGGGUGUUGACUAUCUCCGACUCGUUUGAGUUUAAGCCAUGGCGUUUGCUGUUUAUCAUCAACACGAUGCCCGGCUUCCUGAAUGGCAUCGCAUUCUGCUUCUGUCCCGAAAGUCCCAAAUUUCUUGUCUCACAAGGCCGAAAUGAGGAAGCACUCGAAAUACUGAAGAAGGUCUAUAAGCUCAACAAGGGCACUGACAGCACCGAUGGCUAUGAGGUGACCUCACUGCGACUUGAUCCGGAAGACGCGAUCGCCCGAGAGCAGAGUGAAAACGGUUCUGGAGGACUGCUGAAAUCGAUGGUCCAGCCGAUCGUGAAGCUGCCCUACGUGGUUUACUUCAUCAUCUGCUGCGUACACAACAUUGGAGCGUUUACAAUAUAUGGUGGGCUAGGACUGUGGUUUCCGGACAUUAUAAAUCACAUGUUUUCGGCCAAUGCAAAGGUAGAAGGAAAUAAGGUCUGUAACAUUCUGGAACAGAAUGGAACUCAAGCAAUUGGCAUGGAGCUUUGUAAUGAUGAAAGUGAAACAUUUUCCUACACCUUAAUAUCGGGCGUAAUGAGCGUCGUUCAAGGGAUUGCCGUAUCGCUGGUGCUUGGAAAGAUUGAUGUAAAAAUUAUGACAAUGUUUAAUUUUACUGUAGCUGGAAUUUGCGGUGUUACUCUGCAGUUCGUCACCAACCCGUACGCAGUAGCGAUCCUGUUCUGUCUGAUGAUCGUAUUCGCCGGUCACUGUGUAGUGCUGGUGAAUGCCAAUGUGGUGGCCCUUUUCAACACAAAAGUAAGAGCGAUGACUAUAGGAUUGACAAAUGUGUUUGGAAGAUUGAGUGGCUUUGCAGCAAGCUCGCUGCUUGGGAAUAUGAUGCUUGUAAACUGUGAAUUAACACUUAUUAUAUUGUCGUUACUGAUGUUCACAUGUUCGAUUUCGGCAAUCCUUCUGCCAAGCAAACGAUAGUCUAGAUAUUGUGUGGUUUAGAUAUUUGUUAUUUAGAUGUUGCCAAUAAACGUAUCAAGUUAUUUCAUUUGUCAUA